AUGUAUGAAAGUGCGAGUCUGCGUGCAUACAGCCUCAAACUGUUGAGGAAACGGAACACGACACACGACAUGGGAGCGGCACAGAGCGAUUCCAAUAUCAGUAAAAAGGACCUAGUAUCGAGAAUAAAACAGCAUGUGGAAAGCGCAGAUCGUGAAAAGGCCAAAGAAAUAGGUGGAGUUUUUCUAUUCAACAUUAUCAAGGAUACCACGGUAUAUUCUUGGACGAUGGACCUAAACAAGCUGAUCGUAUACGAGGGGGAGCCGGCCGGCGAUCCGGACACGACGUUCACGCUCAACGAGCACCACUUUAAGCAGCUGGUGACGGGGCGGGAGGAGGCCCGCGUCAUCAUGCAGGCCGGCCGCUGCUCCGUCACCGGCGACGUCAUGAGGGCCAUGAAACUGGAGCCGUACAUCAAAUUGGGCGAUAAGCUGAGGAAGUAA